AUGGCACCUGUGGCAAACCUUUCGCCAUCUCGCACGACCAGUGGUAGCGACCAUCCUGCAAAGCGGCAAAAGCUAGGUCUUACCACUGGAAACGACGCGAUCACAACCUCAAAUAAGGGUGCAGUGACUGAAAAGGAGCUGGCAGCUCUUGAUGACGACGAGCUUGCUAAUGCUUCUUCUACGGAUGGCAAGAAGAAGAAGGACGAAGAGAGGGCAGCAAGAAGCGCCGCUCUAGAGAUUCCGGGUGUGGUGCCGGAGUCGGAAUGGGCAGAUCUGCCAAGCGUGCUGAAUGCGCGACCCAAGCCGCCCAGAGUAGACUUCAGGACUGGUCUCUUUCUUGCGCCCAUGGUAAGGUCUGGACACUUGCCCACGCGAUUGCUAUCCCUGCAGUACGGCGCUGAUUUGGUUUGGGGACCAGAAAUCGUCGAUCGAGCCAUCAUGGGCUGUGAGAGGGUUGUCAAUGGUAAGUAAGCCUGCAGCUACGGUAGUGGUGGUCAGGCGGCUCACACGCACUACAUCGUGGACUGUAUGCGAGCAGAAACGACUGGCAUCGUAGCCUUCAUCAAGGACGACAAGGAGGUCUUCACCACGCAUCCAAUCGAGAAAUCACGCGUCAUCUUUCAGCUUGGCAGUGCCAACCCGCAGUGGGCUUACGCAGCGAUCAAACGUCUAACGGCGCAUGAUGACGUGGCAGGCGUGGACCUCAAUUGCGGGUGUCCAAAGCCAUUCUCUACGAUUGGAGGCAUGGGCGCACAUCUCCUGUCCACACCCGAUCUGCUCUGCGAUGUGCUUCGAGCUAUGCGCAGAGCCGCUCCGCCACACGUCACUGUGAGCUGCAAAAUUAGGCUACUGCCAACCAAGGAGGCGACGCAAGCUCUGGUUAGGCAGAUCAUCAGGACAGGCUGCAUCGAGAAUCUGACCGUACAUUGCCGCACCAAGGAGAUGCGGCCCAGAGAAGCGGCUCUCCCGAACAGGUUGCAAGAGGUUGCUGAGGUUGUAGCUGAAGAGACGGGAGGUGCGCUGCCUCUUUGCUGUAAUGGAGAUGCUUGGGAUGCCAAGGAGGCUCAAAGCUUGAUGCAACUCACGGGAGUCAAGAGCAUCAUGAUCGCUCGGGGAGCAGAAGCAAACCCUUCUUGCUUUCACCCUGACGGUGUACGAAGUAUUACGGCCGAGGUCGCACCACAGAUGGUUCGGUAUGCUGCAGCGGUGGAGAACGCGUUCCCGAACACCAAAUUCUGCCUGUCGCAAUUGGCGUACAAGUCGACCUCUUCUUUCAAUCCCAAAGCCAAGCCCCUCAAGAACAGUCCCAACAAACGAGAAAUGAUCAAUUUUAGGGAGGCACUGGCCAAGUCCAAGAGCGAUGAGGAUUUGGCUCUGGUGUUUGGUGUGGAUUUGGACCAAGUCAAGAAUACAUCUAUGGCGGACAUUCUCAGGCCUGUCAAAGAAGCGCUGGAGAAGAAGCAGAUCGCAAGACCUGCAGAGGAGCCAGCAAGCACGACGAAGAGGGAUGCGAUCGACAUAGCGCAUGUCCAAGCGGCGAGCGCGAAAGAAUCCAUCAGGCACACGGAGAACGACACGGAACGCAGCGCCGAGGCUUUGGGUGCUGAAGGAAGUCAUCGGACGCUUGAGCACUCCGCUGCUGCCCGAUGGACGGAAGCCUUCUGGAGCUAA